AUGACUUUGAAGUCCCUGAGGUCCCUUUUCCGCUUUCGAAGUAUUUCACAAAAAUGGGAUCCAGCAUUAUUAGUAUCGGAGUCGCCUUCUAGCGCCUCACCGGUGGAAUCGCUAUCACCUGGGAUAUCUACAAAGAACCGGGAUUCACAAGAAAAACAGAUUCCAUGCAGUUUUGUCAUUAAGUCUACUCAACCGAAUGUGACUGUCUCCUCUAUAGACGAUGCCCUUUGGACAAAAGCGCUUCAAACCCUUUCAGAGAAAGAGGGCGGAGCUGUCCGUGGCUUCGCUAAAGAUUGUCAGAUUGACGAUGACUUGAUAGUUGAAACUAUUAUUCAAGCUAUACAAGAAAAGCGACAGACCUGCGAAGAAAAAAAGAUGGCUCUUCCAUUACGGGAUGCAUACAAUUAUGUUGAGGGAUAUAGCAAACAAGGCGUUGAACUGGCUGGAGAAAUUCAAGGCAGUAGGGGAUAUUGA